AUGUCGGACGCCAUUGUGCUGGACGCCGGUUGGGAACGGACGCUGUUCGGACCCGAGAUUGUGGACGAGACGGCCGAGAAGUUGAAAUUCUUGAAAAUUAAGAUGAAGGAGGCCCAAGACCGACAGAAGAGUUAUGGGAUCAAACGUCGGAAGGAGUUGGAAUUUGAAGUGGGCGACCUAGUGUAUCUUAAGGCAAUGACCUAUAAGGGAAAAGGGCGGUUUACUAAGAGGAAAAAGUUGAGCCCAAGGUACGUUGGUCCAUAUAAGGUGAUUGAACGAGUAGGUGCGGUGGCGUACAAACUGGAAUUACCACCGAAGUUAGACGCAUUUCACAAAGUUUUCCAUGUAUCUCAACUACGGAAAUGCCUAAGUGAAGCGGACGAGGUAGUCGUAGAUGUUCCACCCGAGUUGCAGGAAAACUUGACGGUGGAAGCAACACCUAUUCAGAUCAUUGAUCGAAUGGAAAAAGGGAUGCGCAGGAAAAAGAUUAACAUGGUAAAAAUCUUGUGGAACUGCGGUGGACGCGAAGAAGCUACUUGGGAGACCGAGAACAAGAUGAAGGCCGAUUAUCCUAAGUGGUUUAAGGAGAUGGGUGAAGAUCAACUUGAUCCGGAUUCGGGGACGAAUCCCUUUCAAGGGGGGGAGACUUGUAACCCCCGCGAUCCUGAAUAG